AUGGCAGAACUGGUCCCUUACUUCACUCCAGGGCUCUUACUUCUACUUCUACUCUCGAUCGCACGUGCCGAUUUACCAGGCACGUGGGAGCUCAUCGUACAAGACGCCGGUAUAGCCUCUAUGCACACAGCUGUAACCCGGUUCAACACGGUGGUUCUUCUCGAUCGGACUAAUACCGGACCGUCGAGAAAAUCUCUUGGUCGUCACCGUUGCCGGAGAGACCCAAACGACGUCGUUCUGAAACGCGAUUGCUACGCUCACUCGGUUCUAUUCGACCUCGGUACAAAUCAGAUCCGACCACUGAUGAUCCAAACCGACACGUGGUGCUCAUCCGGUCAGUUUUUAUCCGACGGGUCAUUACUUCAAACGGGUGGGGAUAGAGACGGGUUUAAAAAGAUCCGGAAAUUCGAACCGUGUGACCCGAACGAGACGUGCGAUUGGGUGGAGCUACAAGAUACCGAGUUGAGAACCGGACGUUGGUACGCUACUAACCAGAUAUUACCAGAUGGUUCGGUUAUUAUCGUCGGUGGUAGAGGAACCAAUACCGUUGAGUAUUACCCUCCACGCCAAAACGGUGCCGUUCCGUUUCAGUUUCUUGCUGACGUGGAAGAUAAACAAAUGGAUAAUCUCUACCCUUACGUCCAUCUCCUCCCCGACGACGCCGGAAACCUCUUCGUCUUCGCCAACAGUCGCGCCGUGAAAUACAAUCACCAGACAAACACCAUCGUGAAGGAAUAUCCGGCGUUAGACGGCGGACCGAGGAAUUAUCCGUCGGGUGGAUCAUCGGCGAUGCUAGCGAUCCAAGGAGAUUUCGCCACAGCGGAGAUUCUAAUCUGCGGCGGAGCUCAACCUGGGGCUUUCACCGCGCGCGCAGUAGACGCUCCGGCGCACGGAACCUGCGGACGAAUCGUCGCCACCGCGGCGGAUCCGGUUUGGGUAACGGAGGAGAUGCCUCUCGGGAGGAUCAUGGGGGAUAUGGUGAAUUUACCGACGGGAGAAAUUCUGAUCAUAAACGGAGCUCAAGCGGGAAGUCAAGGAUUCGAAAUGGGAUCCGACCCGUGUCUCUACCCGCUUUUAUACCGACCCGAUCAACCAAUCGGGUUACGAUUCAUGACAUUGAACCCAGGAACAAUACCUAGAAUGUACCAUUCGACGGCGAAUCUAUUACCGGACGGUCGAAUCCUUCUCGCCGGAAGUAACCCUCACUAUUUCUACAAAUUCAAUGCCGAAUUCCCCACGGAGCUACGGAUCGAAGCGUUUUCACCGGAGUAUCUUUCACCGGAUCGAGCCAAUCUCCGACCCGAGAUCCGAGAAAUCCCGCAGAUUGUACGGUACGGAGAGGUCUUCGACGUGUUCGUCACGGUGCCGUUACCGGUCGUGGAGACGAUUCAGAUCAAUUGGGGAAACGCGCCUUUUGCGACUCACUCGUUUUCUCAAGGUCAACGGCUCGUGAAGUUGACCGUUGGUCCGACUUUGCCUGACGGAGAAAGUCGUUACAGGAUUCAGUGUACGGCUCCGUUAAACGGCGCCGUUACUCCGCCAGGGUAUUACAUGGCGUUCGCCGUCAACCAAGGUGUUCCUAGCAUCGCUCGAUGGAUACGUAUAGUUUCUUGA